AUGCCUACUCUUACUCAACGCGUCGCCUUUGAGCGCGUCUUUGGCUGUCGAUAUGUUAAAAGCACGGUUUGCCGGCACCGAGGCGUUUGGAGACGUGCGGGCGAGGAGGUUAGAGCUUAUUUCGAAGGACUGGGAAGGGACGAGAGGGCUGUUUGGGGCGAGUUCGUGCGGAAGGUUGAGGGGAGGGCGAGUGGA